CGGUCGGGUUUAUUUAUGCGGUCCUUUUCGCUACGGAGCUCCCACGGAGCGUUGCUUCAAAUUAAGAAGAGGAGGCAGGCGGAAGAGGCGGAGGCGGCGGCGGCGGCAGCGGCGGCGAUGAAGGCAAUGGAGGAGUUAUUCCGCCCGAUCGCGGAGGAAGAGGAGGAGGACGACGCCGCAAGCCUGGAUCUCACUCUCAGACUCUCCGUCGGCGGGGGCGUCGGGAAGAAGAGCUCGAAGCCGAGAGCCGAUGACCACGACGGCGACCGAGGACGCGUGAAGGAUGGGGCCGAAGGGCUCCGUAGAGAUGGGGGAUUCGCCCGCGCCGAACUGCCAUCGACGGAAGACCGCUCGUCGCUGGCUCGAAUGAUGCUGCUAUUGAGGGCGCGGGAUCGGGCGGCGAAGGAGGAAGAGGCGUCGUCCGGUGGUGCUAGGCGAUCGGCGGCGAGUCCCAAAGACGGGGGCGGCGGCAUUUCCCUCCACGGUGCUGCCUCAAUCCCUAACUCUAACCCUAGACACAAUCGCAUCGGCCAGCAUCAUUCGCUCCCUAUUGUGUACCCUUACCACCGAGUCCACUAUGUGCCGGUGCCGAACGGGAUCCAGUUCCCGUACGUGAUGCCUUUCUCGAACCUGAAUAUGCUCCGGCCGGUGGCCGCCCACGGUCUCCCUUUUCAGGCAAAUCCAAAAGCUCCUUCUAGUAGCGGGUUGAAUGGAGGUAAAGGCCUUAACACUGGUACUCCGGCGAAGACGGAUUCAACAGCGAGUAGCUCGUCUUCCCUGUCGAAUCAUCAAAGCGGAUCCGUUCGAGGCGGCGGUAGCACCUCCAGUGGCGACUCGAGGAAGCAGGCAAUCCCAGAAAAAGCAGAGCAAUCCACAGCCAACAUGCUGGUUCCGACCGACGACGCACAGCCCGGCGUGAAGUCGAACACCAAGUCACCGGAGCGCAAGGCCUCCGUGAGCAAGACCUCUGCUUCCCGAACCGCUGGGACUCCGCCUCCGCCGCCGCGGCGAAUGCCGCUCGUCUCGGCCACCGGCGACGGCCCCAACGGGAAAACCAUCACUGGCUUCUUGCACAGUUACACGAAUUCAGAGGUGCGGAUCCUGUGCGUCUGCCACGGGAUCUCCCUAACGCCGGCGGAGUUCGUGGGGCACGCUGGGGCCACCGACGUCUCGCAGCCAUUGAAGCAGAUCGUUGUGGUCGGAGACUCAAGUUGACGAAUAGCUAGCUUGCUUUUGGUAGUGUUUUAGGAAGGAGGGAAUGUCUAGCGUGACAUGUGAUGUAGUAGGCCUGUGAAUCUUCCUUGGGAUAUAUAAUAUAUUCCACGAAAAUCUUG